UGGAUUCUAGACUCACUAGAAUGAUCACUUUGUAAAGGAUGUAAAUGUCUAAUAACUAUAUUGUACAUCUGAAACUAACAUAUCAUUGUAUAUCAAUUGUAAUUGAAAAAUACUUUUUUUUAAAGUAGGGGUUGAUCUGGCCCUGAUGCUGUAGAUAAGAUUUUGAUGGCCUGAAGGCAGGAGGAUGAACAUUUCACAGAAGGAACAUGAUGAACAAAGGCAGAGGACUUUAUAUUGCAAAAAUAACCAAACUGGAAAUGCAGAAGGCUCUUGCAGAAGAUUCCACUGUAUAUGAAUAUGACAGUAUUUAUGAUGAAAUGCAGAAAAAAAAGGAAGAAAAUAAUCCCAAACUGCUUUUGGGAAAAGACCGAAAGCCCAAGUAUAUUCACAACUUACUAAAAGCAGUUGAGAUCAGAAAAAAGGAACAGGAAAAAAGAAUGGAAAAGAAAAUACAGAGAGAACGAGAAAUGGAAAAGGGAGAGUUUGAUGAUAAAGAGGCAUUUGUGACAUCUGCUUAUAAGAAAAAACUGCAAGAGAGAGCUGAAGAGGAGGAAAGAGAAAAAAGGGCUGCUGCACUUGAAGCACGUUUGGAUGUAACCAAACAGAAAGAUCUCAGUGGAUUUUAUAGGCAUCUGUUAAAUCAAGCAGUUGGUGAAGAGGAAGUACCUACAUGCAGCUUUCGUGAAGCUAGGUCUGGGAUAAAGGAAGAGAAAUCAAGGGGUUAUUCUGAUGAAGUAAGUUCAGAGAACAGAAUACAGGAGAAAUGCAUUCUCCAAACUGUUGUGAAAGUAGAGGAAAACCCAGAUGCAGACAGUGACUUUGAUGCUAAUGACAGUGAGGAUGAUGAAACGGGAGGAAACAAAGUGAACUGCAGAAAGGAAAAGAGCACAGAGACCUCUGAGAAUGACUCUAGGCAUCACACCCACUCAAGGUCAUCUAGUGAAGAAAGAAGACAUGAUACCAAAAGCCACACAAAAAGUUUCAAGUCAAGGGGACAUGAGAAAAGGGAAGAUAAGCACCAGGAGAACUAUUACACUGAUCGUGAUUACCGAAAAGAAAAGAAAGAUUCCCAUAGACACAGAGAGGCCAGUCAUAGAGAUUCUCAUUGGAAGAGGCAUGAACAAGAAGAUAAACUGAGGGAAAGAGACCAAAGAGAAAGAAAUGACAGAGAAUGGAAAAGAGAGAAAGACAGAGAGAAAUAUCCCACAAGAGAACAAGAAAGAGAUAGGCAACAAAAUGAUCAUGACCGACACAGUGAGAAAGGAGGAGAGAAUGAAGAGAAAAGUAAAGAAAAGGAAGAACAUAUGAAAGCAAGGAAAGAAAGAUAUGAAAACAGAGAUAGAGAAAAACGAGAAGUAAAUGUUCAAUCUUCAGAAAGAAAGCGAGACAGAAAGGAAAGCAGCCCGAAAUCUAGGGCAAAGGAUAGGUUUCUUGACCAGGAAAGAUCCACUAAAAUGAGAAAUAUGGAAAAGGACAAAGAAAGAAACCCAGAGCAGCUCUCUGGUUCUGAAACAUCACUGGGAGCAAAACACAGAAUCACAGAGGAAUGCCAAGAGACUGGCAAAGAACAAGACAGAUCACACGAGACACUGAGCAAGUUUGCAAAACGGAGCAAUGAAGAAACUGUAAUGUCAGCUAGAGACAGGUACUUAGCCAGGCACAUGGCACGGGUUAAUGCAAAGACAUACAUUGAGAAAGAAGAUGAUUGACUUCCUGGAACAUGCUGUGUGUACACAUAAAGGAAUGUGUUAGAAAUGGCAAACUAUAUUUUCAAGAUUCAUUUUUGGUUUAGGAUUAAAUCAAAAAUCACUCCUUUUAUCUCAAAUGUUUGAACUGAUAUAUAUUAUUUACUUAUCAAUAUCACGUUCUUGGUUGUAUUCAAGCAACCCAAAGAGUGCUAAAUCUUGGUAUUUUAUGAGGAAAAUUAGCUCCAUUAUAACCAUUAAAAAAUAAACAACUUUCCUAAUGUUGGUUUUGUUGCAGGAGCUAUUUGUUUUAUAAAUACUGUGUUUCAGAUAAAAUUAAGUGAAGUUGAACAUAGAGAAUACUGUUAUGCUUUAUGUUUUGAAAUUUGUAUUAAAGUAUAAAAUAUAGAUAGAUACACAUCUUGUCUAACUUUGUAGCUCAGGCAUACUUGGCUUCAAUGAAAAUAAAAAUAGUGAUAUGGUUGUACUUUCAGUUCAUGUUCUUUUAAAACUAAUGUCAUUUAUGCCAUAAUUCCUUUUUUUCCAUUAAAAAUCACUUUAAUUCUGAGACCACUGCAAG